AUGGCUCAAAUCCUUCAAAAUUGUGCCCUCAUUUUCAUAGUUGCCUUGACAAUAACAUCAUUUCUUCCAUUUGGAUCUUCUGAUCUAAUCGAAACCACAUGCCAAAAGACCCCAAACGUCCAACUCUGCGACAAUAUUCUAAGGAAUGACCCAAAAAGCUCAAGUGCCAAUCUCGAUGGCCUUACACUCAUCAUCAUUAACUCACUCGCAUCCAAGUCAAAUUACACCCUCAAAAUGAUCGAUCAGAUGCUCAAAGACAGGCCAGAAUUAAAAUCCCCCUUGACUGAAUGCUGGAACCAUUACAAUGUCAUCAGUACAUUCUUCAUCCUUGAUGCUAUUGAGGCUGCAAAUAAUGGUGAUGUUCGGCUUGGUGAAGAGAGUAUGUAUGAAGUGAAAGAUUUUGCUGGUCAAUGUGAUGAUGAAUUUAAACCCAACCCUUCACCUUUUGUAAAUGUCCAUCAGAUGGUUUCUGACAUUGCUGAUGUCACUUCCUCUAUGUUCACCAUGAUGAGUAUGUAG